CGAGCACCUUGGCGUGCGGAGCUGGCACCUUGGCGCCGUGGGCGGCGGCGGGGACAGCUGUAGAGUGUGAAGUUCCUUGUCUGCUGGCAGCCAGAGGCGACGAGUCUGGACGUCAUGGAAGUGAAGGAUGCCAAUUCUGCACUUCUCAGUAACUACAAGGUGUUUCAUUUACUAACUGAUCUGAAAGAACAGCGUAAAGAAAGUGGAAAGAAUAAACACAGCUCUGGACAACAGAACUUGAACACUAUCACCUAUGAAACAUUAAAAUACUUAUCAAAAUCACCAUGCAGACACCAGAGUCCUGAGACUGUCAGAGAAUUUCUCACAGCAAUGAAAAGCCACAAGUUGACCAAGUAAGAGUUGAAGGCAUUUGCAAGAAUGCAACAUCAAGACAAGUUUUAACUAUACUCUGCUGACUGAUACAAAAUAGGAUGAAAAACCAUUGGAUACUGGGACACGAGGAACUUGUUUAGCACAACCGGUGUUAUGUGUACCACGGUUUUAACCAUUAGGCCAUUUCCACUGUAGCUUAGAGAAAAGAACCAGAGGACUGCCUUGGUAGAGCUGGACGCGCUGCUAUAAGACGGCCUCACUGUACAGCCCCAAAACCUGAGGACUUCUUUCUCCAUAGGCACCAGACGGCCUAUCAGUGCUUUCUAGAUUCGUUAACUACUUCAGAAUACAAGAACAGUACAUCCAUACUCCAACAGCCAUUGAAAGAUUCACAUUCAUGGGAAAACAUAAGUCUUGAUGAAAUCUUGAGUUAAGCUAUCUUUUAAGAAACUGGUUGAAACUGGUGAAAAGUUCAUUACAAUUCGGACUUGAUCCCUGCCUCGAGCUAGAAGACCUACAUUGCGUCAAUUCUGAGUCAGUUGGAAGCUACAGAAUUGUUGCUGAUCCUACACAUUUGAGUUUGCAGAGCAGAGCCUGUCCCCUCCCUUCAAAGAGAAGGCAAAUAAAGCACUCAAGAGGUACUGGUCUCAUUGACUGUUUUUAACAUAAAAUGAGUAAUCAGAUUGGAAGCAAAAACAUUACUGCUGCUUCCCAACCAGAGGAGUAAAAUGAUCACACAGGACCCUUCUGCAGAGUGCGGGUUUUCUACCUGACGGUGAAGACAGGAGGGCAGGACACUUCUGCCCAAGGUCAACACACAAAAUAUUUGGUUUGAGAUUUAAGACAGAAGGCACUUUUAACAUUCUGAUAUCAGAUGUUAACCAUACAAACGUCCUGUCACAAUUUCAUUUGGGUUUACUCGAAUCCCUUCCAAAAUUCUUCUUACUGCAUGUGUGUCAUUAUGAGAGCAGUGGCGACACGACCAGAUUUAGCCUUGAGAUGUGUCUACCUGUUCCUAUUCUCCCAAUGAAGCAAACUGCGCAGCGUGUCAGCCCUGAAGGUUACAAAUCCAGUAUCUGACUGCAAAACAACUAACUUAGACAUCCGAGUGGUUAGUGCAGAAAGAAACAAUUAGCAAGAACACUGGCUCCCACUCUGGAGCGACGGGGCUUAGACUGGUCUUUUCCACCAUAAUACUGUUUGGUUGACUGGCACCAACAUUAAGGAAAAAUAUCUGCAUGAAAAUUCAACUGGUGGAAGAAACUUUAGCUAAAAAUGCC